CGAACUUCCGCCUUGAAGGUGAUCUGGACAUACUAUAUUACACUGCCUCGAAGUACGAUGGUGUUUGUCCAAUCCUACAUUUGCCCCGCUUAGAAAUUAAUUUCCGGAAAAUAGAAAUUGCUCUUACCGUUGACGUUGAUGUCAUAUUUUCUCUAUCCACGUGCUCUUUCAUCAAGAUGUGCCUGACUAAAGUGGCAAGACCUAUUCGUCGUGGACGUCUUUUCCGCUAUACCCCUCCACGGAAACCCACAUUCGGACGACUGCUACAGGCUUUGGAAUUUAAUCUAAAUCUGCCCCAACUGCAACUGUCCUACUGGGUCUCUUAUGCCAAACGUACCGGCGUGCGUGUGACCACAGGCCCGGUGCAGUUAACCGCAAUGCUCCGCUACACGAUAGAACAGGAGAACAAAACCACGUUUGAUUCGCGUCGCGCAUCUGUGCUACAGCCUCAUGUCAUGCUUCCACCAGUCGGUGCUCGUUCGAUUGCCGGAGCUUCGCUGGUGCGUCGCCCCUUUACCAAUUGGACAGUGGUUCAUUUGUCUUCCAGUCUACAAGAUAGUCGUAUUCAAUUGCGACAUCGUCCGGACCUACCGGGACAGGUGGUGCAAAUGUUAUUGCAGAGCGCCGGACUGUUAAAAGUAGGUGGGGGCAUCUGUUUUACACGGAUAUCAGUCUGUACUUUUCUUAGUACUUGA